AUGGUAUCUGAGUCUACGCAAGCGGAUGAUAAUAUAAGAAAUAAAGCCAGUGAUAAAGCUAUGAAGUUAAAAAUAAGCUUCAUCAAAACAAGUGAGAUUAAGAAAAAUAAUGCUGGUGCCUUACAAAAGUUAUAUUCAAAAUUACCAUCUACCUUAGAAUUAAAGCAGUACUCAGCAGUAUGUAUAUGUAUAUUAUCGAUAUGGGGAACAUCAUGGUUUCUUUUCAAGGACCAUGUAUUGCCUGGAGGUUUUAUAUUCAGUAUGGCUACAUUGAUUAUAACGGGUUAUAUCUGCGGCCACACUUUGGAAAAAUAUACCACAAUCAAUGCUGUUGUCGGAAUGACUUUAAUCGGAGCCUUGUGCAAAUCUUUCAGUUCGACAAACUUCCUUGAAAAUCCCUCUGCAGACACGAUAGAUUUUCAUCUUAGACGGAUUUAUCCAGUUAUUAUUUUGACUAAAGGCCCACUUACAUGGAACUGGAAGUACAUUAAAAGUAAUUCCGUAAAAGUUUUCUCAUUGGCAACCCUCCCUUGGAUCGCUGAGUGUUUAUCCACGGCAUUCUUCAGUCACAUACUCUUGGGGUUCCCUUGGUACUGGGGUCUACAUCUUGGAGCUAUAUUGGCUUCAGUAUCUCCAGCAAUAGUCGUCCCAACCACUAUAGCGUUCAGUGAGAAAGGACUUGGCUUGAAGAACCAAAUAGCAUUAUUGGUUGCAAACGCCGGCGGUCUCGACACAGCUUUUACAGAAGGCAUGUUUGGAGUUAUUAACAGCGCAAUAUUCUACCAAUCACCGCCCAUUUACCGUAUAGCUAAGGCUAUACUCGCAAUUUUCGUCGGAAUUGCCUUGGGAAUGUCAUGGGGAGUAUUAAUCGAUGUUUUACCUGACCAUAACGAUUUGUAUGCGCCAACUAUUCGAAGUCUACUUAUUUUUGCUGGGGGAAUUUUAUUCAGCUACACAGGAGGGUAUCUUGGGUGGGGUGGAACAUCAGGAGUAGCUAUUAUGGUCUGCGCGGGCGCAGCAGCUACACGAUGGUCGCGCCGCAAUUGGCCAAUUAACAACAAUCCCGUCUCUGAAGUUUAUAAGCUCUUGUGGAGAAUAUUUGAACCGAUGCUUUUUACCCUUAGCGGUUACUUUAUUGAGGUGUCUCAUAUGACGACUAAGGAUUUUGGUCUAAUAGUGAGUUGUAUAUUUGGGGCUCUCUCUAUCAGAAUGCUUGCAGCGUUUUUAGUGGCAAUGGUUAAUCAGUUACCUGUGAAAGAAAGCCUUUUUAUUGCAAUCACUUGGAUGCCUAAAGCCAUCGUGGAGGCAGUUUUAGUACGUGUCGCUACCGACUCAUUAUGGGCUGAAGGGGCAACACCAAAGGACGAGUGGAUCGCCAAACAACAUUCAAAUAUAAUCGUUAUUGCAAUAUUAUUAACGACUACGUUAGGAUCAGUUCUAACGACAGUUUUGGGUCCCAUACUACUAUCUCCUGACGCAAAAGUAGCACCUGAAGAUCCCCAGCCGUCGUCCGCGCCACACUCCUCAGAAUUUGCCAACGCCAACAAUACCCUAGACUCUCUUCAAUAUAUAGAUUCCCAG